AUGUUGAGAAUGUUUUACAACAUGAGCGGCCUCGGAGGGCUGCUUCUCGUGGUUAUCGUGCUCAUGGCAUUGGUCUUUGCCGCAUCCAGAUUCGACUUUAUUUUGACGUCGGGCAAAGACAAAGAUGGGGACUACGGUGGCGAGGAGGAUUCGACAUAUGCCUUUUAUGCGUCCAAGAGGAGAAGGGCCUCUAGCGUGAAGCGGGUUACGUUCGAUAUUUGA